CUGCACUACAGCACCCUCAUGGGCAGCAGAGCCUGUGUCAAAAUGGCAGCAGCUGCCUGGGGUACUGGUUUUCUCCAUGCUCUUCUGCACACUGCUAACACAUUUUCCAUACCACUCUGCCAAGGCAACACCGUGGACCAGUUCUUCUGUGAAAUUCCCCAGAUCCUCAAGCUCUCCUGCUCAGACUCCUACCUCAGGGAACUUGGGGUUCUUGUGGUUAGUCUUUGUUUAGUCUUUGGGUGUUUCAUUUUCAUUGUGGUGUCCUACGUGCAGAUCUUCACUGCUGUGCUGAGGAUCCCCUCUGAGCAGGGCCGGCACAAAGCCUUUUCCAUGUGCCUCCCGCACCUGGCCGUGGUCUCUCUGUUUGUCAGCACUGCAAUGUUUGCCUACCUGAAGCCCCCCUCCCUCUCCUCUCCAGCUCUGGAUCUGGUGGUGGCUGUUCUGUACUCGGUGGUGCCUCCAGGUGACAGAGUGGAGAUGUUGCAUGACCUGGAGAGAAUCCUGCCAGGAGAUGAAAGCCGUUUGCAGAAGACUGUUGUGUACGGAGUGAUCACAGCGUACUCAAGGGCCAUGCGAGUGGCCCAGGCUGUUACUGUGCACCUCCAAGAAAAUCUGGCUCCAUCUUCUCUGUGUGCUCCAUCAGGUUGCUCCAGUCAUGGUCAGGUAGGCUGCCAGUGCAGUCCUGGAGCCCCCGAGGAUGGAGGCAGGGUGCCAGGGUGUGUCCCUGUAGCUGUCAACACCUUUGCCAACAUGGUGACCCUCUGUGAAACCAGCUGCAAGCGAAUGAGGUCACUUGUGCCUCAGUCCCUAACAGGCCAGGAGCAGCUCUACGCCUUCAUGGCUGCCUGCCAGCAGAUGGCACGUGGCUUUGAUGAAGACCGUGAAGUCCCUACUUCCUCCGAACGGGAUAGCCAAGCACCAAGCAACUUCCUGUGA